CCCCAGGCUCCGCGCUGCCGCCGCUCCGGCCCAUGGGGAAAGUCGGCCGGGCGGACCGGCAUUAAACUGCAAAGAUGUCCCUCUAUGAUGACCUGGGAGUUGAGACCAGUGAUUCAAAAACAGAAGGCUGGUCCAAAAAUUUCAAACUUCUUCAGUCUCAGCUUCAGGUGAAGAAAGCAGCUCUCACUCAAGCUAAGAGCCAAAGGACAAAGCAAAGUACAGUCCUUGCCCCAGUCAUUGACCUGAAACGAGGUGGCUCUUCAGACGACCGGCAAAUUGUGGACACACCACCUCACGUGGCAGCUGGACUAAAGGAUCCUGUUCCUAGUGGAUUUUCUGCAGGAGAAGUUUUGAUUCCCUUGGCUGAUGAAUAUGAUCCUAUGUUUCCUAAUGAUUAUGAGAAAGUAGUAAAGCGCCAAAGAGAGGAACGACAAAGACAGCGGGAACUGGAACGACAGAAAGAAAUCGAAGAAAGAGAAAAGCGGCGUAAAGACAGACAUGAAGCUAGUGGAUUUUCAAGGCGACCGGAUCCAGAUUCUGAUGAAGAUGAAGAUUAUGAGCGAGAGAGGAGGAAAAGAAGUAUGGGCGGAGCUGCUAUUGCACCACCCACUUCUCUUGUAGAAAAAGACAAAGAACUACCCCGAGAUUUUCCCUAUGAAGAGGAUUCGAGACCUCGAUCACAGUCUUCCAAAGCUGCUAUUCCUCCCCCAGUUUAUGAUGAACAAGAUAGGCCGAGAUCUCCAACCGGGCCUAGUAACUCCUUCCUUGCUAACAUGGGUGGCACAGUAGCACAUAAAAUCAUGCAGAAGUACGGUUUCCGAGAAGGUCAAGGUCUUGGGAAGCAUGAACAAGGGCUGAGCACUGCACUGUCGGUAGAAAAAACAAGCAAGCGAGGAGGCAAGAUCAUUAUUGGGGACGCUACUGAGAAAGAUGCAUCCAAGAAAUCAGAUUCAAAUCCAUUAACUGAAAUACUUAAGUGUCCUACUAAAGUGGUCCUACUAAGGAACAUGGUUGGCGCAGGAGAGGUAGAUGAAGACCUGGAAGUUGAAACCAAGGAAGAAUGUGAAAAAUAUGGCAAAGUUGGAAAAUGCGUAAUAUUUGAAAUUCCUGGCGCCCCUGAUGAUGAAGCUGUACGAAUAUUUUUAGAAUUUGAGAGGGUUGAAUCUGCAAUUAAAGCUGUUGUGGAUCUGAAUGGGAGGUAUUUUGGUGGACGGGUGGUGAAAGCAUGUUUCUACAAUUUGGAUAAAUUCAGGGUCUUGGAUUUGGCGGAACAAGUCUGAUGGUAAAACCCUAGAACACGAGUCAUCUAAUGAUCCUUAAAUGAGCUGCAGGCUGAGCAGAGAAGACAAGGUGGCAGCCUCCAUGGCUGUUGAGUUCUGAGACUCUUGGAAGGACUUCUAAGAUACAUGUUGAUUGAUUCCUUUUUUAUUUUGUGGUUUUUUAAUAUAGUAUAAAAAUCCUUUUAAAAAAA